UGUGUGUUGCUGCUGCUGCUGCGCGUCUGGUAGGGCCCACUGCCAGCGACUCCCGGCACAGAGCCUCGCGCCGCGCGCCUCUUCCCCUUCUCCCUCCCCCUCGCCGGCGGCCGAUGGGCGCCGCCGCGAAGCCGCCCCCGUCCAUCUGCUUCAAGUGGCCGUGGGGCCCCAACCCCGGCCCGUCGCCGGACCCCGGCCCGAGCCCCUGCGGCGGACUCGAGCUCCCCUGGCUCUUCAAAUCCAUCCGCACCCUCGCGCGCGGCCUCGUCAUCGCCGGCGACCUCCCCUCGCCUCCCGCCCCCGCCGCCGGGGGCGGCGGCGGGGGGCGGAGAGGUUGGGGGGCCGUGCAGGUGGAGGCGGACCGCGGGGACGCGGAGCAGCGGGCCCUGGCGGCGGCGCUGGUCCGCGGGGGCCCCGCCACGGUGCUCGAGUUCUACUCGCCGCGCUGCCGCCUCUGCGCGUCGCUGCAGGGGCUCGUGCGGGAGCUGGAGGAGGAGCAGCGGGCCGGCGGGGCGGCCGCGUUCGUGCUCGCCGACGCGGAGGACGACCGGUGGCUCCCCGAGCUUCUGCACUACGAUAUCAGAUACGUCCCUUGCUUUGUGCUCCUGGACAAGCACGGCAGAGCUCUAGCGAAGACUGGGGUACCAACCAGCCGUCAGCACGUUAUCGCCGGUCUCCAUCACCUCCUGAAGAUGGAGCGGCCAUCUGGGCAUGAAGGAAACCAGAGAGUGCCUUCAUCAUGAACAUAAAGCCAAACGCCUGAGCAAGAUCUGUAAUGGCAAAGUUAGAAUGUGCAUUUUGUUUAGCAAACGUGACACUGAGCUACAUUGACACUUCAAUUCUUUAUCCGGUUAAUAGUACAUCUUCUAGGUGCAAAAGCAGUUGAAUUUUCCCCCUUCUCUUGGGUUGUGGUGACCAUAGCUCGAUAAUGUCAGCCUUAAUAUAGGCUCCCCAUUUUUCUCCCAGAUUUUCUUGGGCAAGCUUGUAUUGUUUGUCAGGAAAUGUAGUGAUUUCUGCUUCA